AUGCCUCUCGUUACUCAGAGCUUACAGCCGCGAGUGAUCCUCGGGCUGAUGACCUUCGGACCGAGCGAGUCCAAGGGCGCCCGAAUCACAUCGCUCGACGAGUACAAUCGGUGCCUCGAUUACUUCCAGCAGCAGGGAUUCAAUGAAAUCGACACCGCCCGGAUCUAUAUCGGCGGCGAGCAGGAGGCAUUCACAGCCAAGGCCAACUGGAAACAACGCAGCCUGACUCUGGCUACCAAAUGGUACCCGCAGUUUCCUGGCGGCCAUAAACCAGAUGUCUUGCGCGAGAAGCUGGAGCUGUCCCUCCAGGAAUUGAAUACAGACCAAGUCGAUAUCUUCUAUCUCCAUGCGCCGGAUCGUUCGGUUCCCUUUGCCGAGACCCUGGAGGCCGUUAAUCAGCUGCACAAGGAGGGCAAGUUUGUCGAGCUGGGCCUCAGCAACUUUACGGCCUUUGAGGUGGCGGAGAUUGUCACGCUGUCACGCAACAUCGAGACCGAGCUCGUUCAUGCUUGUCGCCGGUACGGCCUCGACAUCGUCAUCUAUAACCCGCUUGCCGGUGGACUCUUCUCCGGCAAAUACAAGACACAUGACAUCCCCGCAGAAGGGAGAUAUAGUGACACCAGCAAGGGGGGAGCCGGUUACCGCAGGCGCUAUUUCCGAGAUGCAACGUUUGAGGCUUUGAGCGUCAUCGAGCCGGUCGUGGAGAAGCACGGGCUCACGCUCGUGGAGACGGCCCUGCGCUGGGUGCGGCACCACUCAGCCCUUAACAUGGACAACGGUAGCCGAGACGGCCUCCUGGUGGGCGUUAGUAGUUUCGAGCAGUUGGAGACUAACCUCCGGGAUCUUCAGAAAGGGCCGUUGCCCGAUGAGGUGGUGGAAGCGCUGGACCAGGCAUGGCUGGUGGCUAAGCCUACUGCGCCAGACUAUUGGCACCUGGACCUGAAGUACACCUAUGAUACCCAGGAGGCCUUGUUCAAGCCCAAAGCAUGA